AUGAAAGAACUUCUCGCUUGGGGUGCCGCCAACGGCGUCACUUUCGACCCGGACAAGACCGAGGUGAUGCAAUUCUCCCGGAAGAAAAGCCCCUCCUGGCCCUCCGUAUUCCAAGGCGACACCGAGAUCGUUCCUGGAGACGCUAUGCGCUGGCUCGGGCUGUGGCUCGACCGCAAGCUUUCCUUCAAAUUCCACGUUGACGAGUGGUCUGCCAAGGCCAGGCGAGUGGCCAAUCUCCUCAAAGGCAUCGCCAACACCAAACACGGCCCUCUUCCUCGUGCCGUCCGCAGAGCAGUCAAGGCGUGUGUCGAACCGACCUUAUUUUACGGCGCAGAAGCGUGGUACCCCGGAGAGGUGGCGCCUAGUGCUGCGAACCCGAAUCGCCUCGUGUCCACGCAGGUGAAGCACCUCGUACUACGUCUGGACAAAGUCCUAAGACACGCUGUCCGAGCUGCCCUUCCCGUGUGGAAGACCCCGAUCCCAGCCAUACACCGCGAAGCUGGCACGCCGCCUGCAUCCAUCGCACUAGCCGCUCAGCAGCUCGACCCCACGUGUCAAGCCAACUUUCAGUCGAGGCUACAACGCGCCGACCAACUCCUCCCGAAGUGCCAUCAGCCGGCGCUCCUGCCGCGCCACUACUCCGACACAGAAGCCAACCCUCUUCAGACUGCAAACAAAGCCGAAACCGCUGGUGACUUCCUCGAAUGGCUUGCAACCGCCGCCGCAGCCACGCUCAUCGUCUACUCCGACGGGUCGCAACUUCCAAACGGCGCCGUGGGAUUCGGCUUCGCAGUACACCGGGACAAGCAAACGCUAGUCCAAGGAUCGGGCCGUUUGGGUCCAUCCGAAGUCUUCGACGCGGAGGCAACCGGCGCCCUAGAGGGCCUUCGGGCCGCUCUCCGCCUGAGCGACACAACAAGUGAAGUUGUGGUCUGUACCGACAAUCUCGCCGUAGCCAGCUGUCUGCGAGGCAACCCCGUCGACUCGUCGCAGGACAAGUUCACCAAGUUCCAAGAACUGGCAACCUUGCACGGAAACGUGCAGGUCCGCUGGAUACCAGGACAUACCGACAUACCAGGCAAUGAGGAGGCCGACGGCCUCGCCAAAGCAGGUUGUUUGCAGCCUGGACCACCCGGAGCCAUGCCAUCGCUGGCCCACCUGCGCCGACUUGCGAGGCAGCAAUCGAGAGAUGUCUUCAAAGCUUGGUGGUCAGCUGAAGCGCCAGAGUCAUACAAGACUCUGAACCUCGAGGCAACCACAAGCUGCCCUCCAGAGUUGGCGCUCCCCAGGGCAACGCUCCAUAGCCUCCUUGCGGCGAGAUCUCGCCAUGGAGACUUCGCCGACUACCACGAGCGUUUCAAUCAUGACGACGCGCGUCUUGACUGCUCAUGCGGACGACGCAAAGCACCAGAGCACCCGUUCUACUGCAGGAAGGUACCGCCACGGCUCCGGAUGAGGCUCGCACCCUCGCCGGCCGAAGCGAUACACCAUGCAGUAGGCAAGGGCUUCAAAGCCUUCGUCGAGAUGACGUCGGAAAGCUCCUUCUUCCAAAGGAUCUGUCCGCGCCAUUAG